AUGCUGCCCUCUGUUGCCCUGGAGAUGGAGGCCAGUCACAUGUUGGAGGCGGCUCUGGAGCAAAUGGACGACAUCAUAGCAGGCUCAAAGUCGGUUACGGUGGCGUCCUCUGGGAGCCUUUUUGAGCUGGAGUCCCCGGGCAGCUCUGGUCCAGCGCGGGUGCUGAGACUGGCUGAGGACCUGAAAGAGGCCUUGGAGCUCCAGGCGAGUCCAGUAGAGAGGGAGGGUCUGCGCGGACAGCUGCCCACACAAACUGCACACACCCUGCUACAGUGGCUGACCGAUGGAGAUCUGAACCAGAGAUGGGCUGGAGGGAGCAUGGACAAUCCCAUUGACUUCUACAGGCACUUCUCCUGGCUUAAAAAGGUCAACAUCUGCGCUCCGUCCAACAAUGAAACUUACCAAGAUCGGCUUCUGCGUCUAGAGGGAGACAAGGAGUCCCUGGUGCUGCAGGUGAGUGUUCUGACCGACCAGGUGGAGGCCCAGGGUGACAAGAUCCGUGAUUUGCAGAGUUCUUUGGAGGAGCACAGGCUGAAGCUGACGUCCACCGAAGAUAUGCUGCAGCAGGAGCUCAUGAGCCGAACCUCACUGGAGACUCAGAAGUUGGACCUCAUGGAUGAAGUGUCGUAUCUGAAACUGAAGCUGGUCAGUAUGGACGAGAACACAGUCAACGGGACCGCAUCGCCACCGCCAGAGUCCGCCAACUCCAAGAACAACAAAGCAGAGUGCGUGGUGAACCUGAUCAGUGAGCUGCAGGAGCAGAUGUGCAGGUUUCAGGAGGAGAUCAGCUGUAAGAUCCAGGAGAAACGCGCCCUGGAGGAGCAAGAGGCCGGACAGUACACUCCGCACAGGGGCCACAGCCUGUCCUUUUCCGAGCCCCGGACGUCCAAGCACAGCGGAGCACACAGCGUUCACGAUUUGCUUCAGGAGGUGAAAAAGCUGAAGAGCAGAGUGGACGAACUGGAGGCAGAGAAGAGUCAAUAUGAGCGGAAACUCAGAGUCACCAAGGCUGAGAUUUCUGACCUGCAGCAGCUGGUGGCGUCCAAGGAUCUGGAGAUCGAGUGUUUACAGACGCAGCUGUUGGCCAGAGGUGGAUCGGCCAAUGACAACGCAGACAGAGAGGAGGUGUAUAUCAAGCAGCUCAUUAACAAAUACCAUGAAUACCAGAGACUGAAGGUCGGCAUGGAGACACUUUUAGCAUCUAAUGAUGAAAAGGAUCGCCGCAUUGAGGAACUCUCACUGCUGCUCGCCCAAUACAGAAAAAUGAGAGAAAUAAUGGGUCUAACAUUAGGAAGCAGUGAGGAGGAGCUCAGCUGCAGUCCCAAACUCAGAGCCAUCACUAGUAAAGCGCACUCAGACAUCAUCAGGCCAGAGAUGUCCUCCAGAGGAUCUUCACCCCUUAUGCUUUCGUCCUCCCUUUAUAACAGAGACUUGGAAAAUAGCUUUCAGAACUCUAUGGAGGUCUCUCUGGUGUCAGCCGGAGACACAAGCUUUUUCAACGGGUCUUGGCCUCAGCCGCGCCUCCUGUCAAACAGCCUGGAGGAGCUGCAGAGUGGAUCCUUCAAAAAGAUCGCGCCCAUGGAUCUAAACCACUACCAGACGUUACCAGGAAAGCUGAGCAAGAAGAAGGCACAGAACAGGAUCACAGAAGAAGAUGACGGGGAGUACAUGUCUCCUGUCCGACUGUCUCCGGUUCACAACCUCGAGCAGAGCUACACUCCAAAUAAGCUGGAUGAAUGCCUUCUGUCAGACCAAUCCCCUCUGUCCUCUGGGGUGGACUCAGGGCAGCAGUCCCCAGUGUCUCCAGAAAACAGGAAGAACCCUCGAGGCAUCAGGAAACUGUGGGGGAAGAUCCGCCGCAGUCAAUCAGGAAGCCCGGUCCCGGCUCACGACUCGGACACAGGAGACUUCAAGAGAGGCGGCUUCAGGGCCACGGCCGGACCACGAUUAGCACGGCCCCCAAGCGCACGGGACUUUAGGGGCCCGAUCUACAAGUGGACACAGGAGCAAGUGUGCGAGUGGCUGGAGGAUAUUGGACUGGGUCAGUACAGCAACUCGGCCCGACACUGGGGCGCCACCGGCCAGACUCUACUGUCAACCAGCUCCCAGGAGAUUGAGAAGGAACUCGCCAUCAAGAACCCACUUCACAGGAAGAAGCUUCACCUCGCCAUCAGGUCAGCGAGCGGCAAACGGCAAGAGAAGUCCUCCGAUCUGGAUUACAUCUGGGUCACACGCUGGCUGGAUGAUAUCGGCCUCCCUCAGUACAAAGACCAGUUCAAUGAAGCCAGAGUCGAUGGGCAUAUGUUGCAGUACCUCACAGUGAAUGACUUAUUGUUCCUGAAAGUGACCAGUCAGCUCCACCACCUCAGCGUAAAGUGUGCCAUUCACGUUCUGCACGUCAACAAGUUUAACCCUAACUGCCUCAAACGCCGGCCCAGCAACGAGAGUCAAUUCACGCCAAACGAGGUGGUGCAAUGGUCCAAUCACAGAGUCAUGGAGUGGCUGCGGUCUGUGGAUUUAGCCGAGUAUGCGCCCAACCUGAGGGGCAGCGGUGUACACGGAGGCCUCAUUAUGCUGGAGCCCCGUUUUAGCUCCGACACUCUGGCCAUGCUGCUGAACAUCCCCCCUCAGAAAACCCUGCUGAGACGCCAUCUUAACACUAACUUCAACAGCCUGGUGGGUCCACAGGCUCAGCAGGAGAAGAGGGAGUACACAGAGGCCCCCGGCUACUCCCCCCUCAGCAUCACCGCUAAAGUCAAGCCAAAGAAACUGGGCUUCUCAAACCUGGCUCACCUGAGGCGGCGGCGUCAGGAGGAGGCCACAGAUUACGUUUGUCCCGUGGAUUCGACUUCAGCUCAGUCUCUGUCUAACGGGACACUGAUGCGGCCGUACGCCGGCUUCAGAGGACUCAGCCCCAUCCUGGACCGGGACGAUCCGCCCAGAGACCAGGUGGAACCGCAUGACAGGAUGGUGGACUCAUCGCCAUGA